AUGGCGAACCCCGGCGAUAUCAAGAAGCGGUACUGCUACAUCCCCACGCGCAUCGCGCGGACGUACCUGCAGCACCAAUACAAAGCCAAGGUCGCAGUUCAGGCCGUCGGCCUCUCGCUGUACGAGUCGGAGAUGGACGGCUGUGACGUCAGCCGCCGCACGGUCAAGGUGACUCAGUGGCUCCAGUACGGCUCAGGGCCGGGCGCGGUGUCGCUGUCGGGGCAGCGCAUCCUGAUCGUGGACGAGGUGGACGACAGCCGCAAGACCCUGGCAGCCUGCGUGGCCACGCUGCAGGCGGACAUCGACGCGGCGCGCGCCGCGGCGCUCGCAGCUGGCUCAUACUGGGAGGAGCCCGAGGUCGGCAUACUCGUGCUGGCCUACAAGCGGCGCGAGAAGCUGGCGGAGCUGCCCACAGACCUUAUGAAGAGCAGGUACUGGUCCUGCAUCGACAUGGACGACUGCUGGUGCGUGUUUCCCUGGGACGCCUUUGACAUCUACGACCACACGCGGCUCGCCGAGGCCCCGGGGGCGCACAGCGGCGGCGCCGCCGGCGGCGGCAUCGCGGCGCCCAAGGCGGAGGGCUGCGCGACCGCGAGCAGCCUGCUGGCCGCGUCGGCGCGCAAGCUGAUGUAG